GGCUUAGCUCCAAGCAUCUCCAUUCCAGAGAUAGACAGACAGAGGCUCAGAGCGGCAAAGUAACUCGCCUUGGGUGACACAUGGGCACUAUAGUUCAUGCCUCUGAACCCCAGAGACCUCCUCUAUAAAAUGGGGAGGAAAAUCUCCACCCGAAUGGAUUUCGGUGAGCCUGCAGUGCUUGUGACCUUAGGCGGUUGGAAGGUGGGGGUUGGGGAAGCUAUCUUGUGACCUCUAAUCCUUUGUGCUGGUGCAAAGCACCACUCUUUAUUGUUAGAGCAUCAUUACUUCCUGGACUUCCACCUACAACCCACUGAUGCACACGGCCCCACAGCCAACCAGGGACUAGGGUUUCCACCCACAGACCUUCAAGAACCAGACAAUGUGGUCAAAGCGUUUCAACAGAGCUUAACCUCAAUGCAGCAGAAGGAUUGCUCCCCCUUCUCUGCCUGUUCCCGUCUUCCAAAAGGAAAAGCACCUUGGGAAGAAUGCUAAUGUUUUAUUAAUUCAGAGUGUGUCACACUUAAUACCUCAUUUAGUCGGCUACGAGCGGGCAUGUAGCCCUUUAGUCAUACUUAAAAAAAGCCGACUGUUUUGCUGUGCGACGCUGCUCCAAGGAAGCAAAGCGAAGGAGCAGCACUUUGCCUUAGUUCGUGGGCAGGACUCUUCCUGGGUGGGCCAAGGACCAGCUUGGAAAAUGACUCCCCUGCAGAUUCCUUCCAGGCGCUGGUGCGUCAAGCAGCACCUGCCAGAUCUGAGGCCUUAAGAGACUCCCUUUACUGUGAAGCCCAUUAAACAGACGAUUUACUCCUCUGUUGAUAGGAUUCAAUUAGGAAAGGGGCGAGAGAAAGAAACUGCUGGAGAGAAUGAGGGGACUGAAUGCCACUCUCAUUUCACGGCCCGCUGGGCUGGCUGCCUCCAAGCCACCGAGGGAGGAGUGAGAGAUGAGCCAGAACUCACUCAGCAGGCGUGGCAGGGCCGUGCCCACCUCCCCAGGAGUUGGGGACUCUCGGGUGACCUCCAGAACCUCAGGUGGCAUGUGUCCAUAGAGCAGAGGCACGCUUUUAUGUCUUACAGUGUCAGCGGGCUCAGGAGUGACAGCCUGGGCUCUGCAACCUGGAAGGGCCAGCCUGGAAUCUGGUUCCCACCCUUACGGCAGGGUAACUGGGGACCAGUGACUUAAGACUCUGAGUCUCAGAUUCAGUUUUCUCAGGUGACCAUGGAGUAAAGUGAGGGGGACAGACGUGCGAACUGCGAGCAUCACAGCUGAUACGUAGGAGAGGCCCAACGCACGGAGUUUAUUGUUGUCACUGCUUUUUGAUCCUUAAAACAACCACGCGAAGGAUGUGGAAGCACACGGAGGUAUGUUUUUGCCUACAAAUGCUGCUGCUCACUUUUCUGUCGUAUUGAUAGGAACAGAUCUCUGCCCAGGAGGCCAAACGAUGCAGUUUUACAGUUUCUCAGAGGCCACCGGACCAAGGAGGCUGUUCCUGGACCUGGCUGGCAGGAAGCAGCCAUGAAGCCCCCACGGCUUAGUUGAUCUUUGAUUCUCUUCCUCUGCCCCCAACUGCCCCCCUAACCCUUUUCCCUACCCCGAACAAAGUUUUACAAAUCCCAAUUGCCCAGAUGGGAACACUGAGGCUCACAGAGAGGUGCUGUGACCUGCCCGGAGUCACACAGCAUGCGGGUCCCCAAGGCUGAGUGGUUUUGGCUGCUCCGCCUGGGAAAUGCCAGCCCCUAGGCGGCCCACGAGCCCAACCCUUCAGAGCUUCAACUCCUCCUCCCUCCCCCAUGUCAACCAAAGGAAACUCAUUUUCCAUUCCUGGCUUCUCUGCCAGCCCAGAGAGACCAAGCAAAGAAGAAAUGCCUCCAGAUAUGCCGGCAGGGUCCUCCUCAGCCUCUCAGUUUUGCUGUCUGUUGGUUGACAUCUGUUUCCCACGAGACCCUGGGAGGUGCAGGUGCAGGGGCCUGGGGAACAGCUGCGGUUCUCUGGGCUGGGUACCUGCUCCCCGGAGUUUGUGUCCCGGGGCAGAGUGCUCAGCCUUGACCAUGUUUGGGCAUGGAGCCUCGUCUCAGAUGGGAACCAAAGGCUGCUUCCCCGGAGACGGGCGGGCUGGGAGCCCAAACUUCCUGCUGGAGCUCAGGCCGCGUCUUCUGGGCUGGGGGCUGGGGGCCAGGCAGAAAAGCGUCUGUGGGCUGAAGACUCGCAGGACCCCGGGGAGACUAAAUGACUGCUGUCCCCGGUGGACAUGGGGAAGAAGCUGGUGAUGGCCCAGAAACGGGGAGAGACCCGAGCCCUCUGCCUGGGUGUUGCCAUGGUGGUGUGUGCUGUCAUCGCCUACUACAUCCUGGGCACGACCGUGCUGCCCCUCUACCAGAAAAGCGUGUGGACCCAGGAAUCCACCUGUCACCUGAUUGAGACCAACAUCAGGGACCAGGAGGAGCUGGAAGGCAAGAGGGUGCCCCAGUACCCGUGCCUGUGGGUCAACGUGUCAUCCGUGGGCCGGUGGGCCGUGCUGUACCACACAGAGGACACUCGGGACCAGAACCAGCAGUGCUCCUACAUCCCAGGCAGCCUGGACAACUACCAGACGGCCCGGGCCGACGUGGAGAAAGUUAGAGCCAAGUUCCACGAGCACCAGGUUUUCUACUGCUUCUCCACCACUCGGGAGAACGAGACCAGCGUCUUGUAUCAGCGCCUCUACGGGCCCCAGACCCUCCUCUUCUCCCUCUUCUGGCCCACCUUCCUGCUGACCGGCGGCCUCCUCAUUAUCGUCAUGGUGAAGGUCAACCAGUCCCUCUCCAUCCUGGCGGCCCAGAAGUAGCCCCAUCCACGCCCCAUUCCCGCCCGGCCCACAGGGGGCUGGAUGGGUCCCUGGGCUGCUCCCCACUCAUCUACCGGUGCCUUCUCCUCCUGCCUUCCCACUCGCCCCCCCAAUUCCCUCUGUCUCCCACCACAUGGGUGGUCUUUGAGAAAUCCCUUUGCUAAGUCAUUUCCUGCUCAAGAAUGUGCGAUGGCUCCCUCAGUGCCCAGGAGACGGCAAGGUCAACCAGUGACAGCUCUCCCUCCCCCGUCCCCACUCGACUGACUCAAAUCCAUUUCCUACUGUGUCACUGUCCAUUGCACUGAUGCCAGUGAUUCUUACUUCUGUGCCUGUGUCCUGGCAGUUGGCUCCAAGGCCUGCCGGUCCCACCCAGGAUGCCAUCCCUGGCCCACCUCAUUUCCUUCUUGGACUUCCAUCCUGAAAACAGUGGCAGCCCCCACCCACAGAGCACAGUAGAAUAUCAUGGAUGACUUGGGGCAAACAUUUUCUGUGUGCCUCAAUUUCCCCACUUGCAAAAUAGGAAUUAAUAAUAACUGUUCCCUUUUAGGGUUGUUGGUAUUAAAUGAGUUACACUAUAAUGUUCCUAGAAUAGCAAGUGACACAUGGUAAGUGCUGCAUAAGACAUGAUGAAAAACUGAGGCUCUAAGAGGUCAUUGGCCAAGGUCAACCACAGGGUAAGUGAGGCACUGGCGAUCAAGCCCUGGGCCAUGUGAUUUCAGAGCCUGGCCUGUCAACCACAGUACUCAAGCCAACUCAGCUGAAGGGCUGAGGGACCCAGCCACCCAAAACCCCACGGGCCAGGUAGGGAACAGGGUUGCACUGCAGGAACCCCACUGUGUCCUCAUGCAAGUCAGGGAUCUGAUGGGAAGGAAAGGGGACCUGGAAUUGGCACCCACAUCUCUCACUUGCAGCCAGGCAGCCCUGAUGCAGCCUCACACCCUCCAGGUUCUUGCUGGGCACAAUCCUUCCAAGGGGACACAGCCCCCCAUUCCCCAGAGUUUCUUCCUUCUGGGGUUAGGGAUGUCUCAAGAGUCCUGCGAGUCUUUUAAGAAGCUCUCAGCUGUGAUAUUGCCCUUUGGUUUGGUAAGAGACUGCCUUUGGGGGAAAUUAGGUAAAGGGCCCAUGGGAUCUGUCUGUACGAUUUCUUCCAACUCUAGGGGCAGCUACCGUUCUCUCAAAAUUUAAGUUUAAUUCUUAAUAAAGAAGGAAAACGUC